AGUGUUUAUUAAACAAAACAAAAUACCAUUAACUCAAACACGAAUUUCGUUAUAUUUGUACAUUUAAAAGUGGAAUUGGGUUAGAAGAUUCGGGACAAUCCAUUCUGAGUUUUAAUUACUGGUCACAAAAUCGUUUCAGUUGUAUCAUAGUGAUGCAAAUCAUUGAUCGUAAAGACAACACUCUUUAGUCAUAACUGAACCAACUGUGACGUAUGGAAUUUCGAAGAGUUAAUGAAUUACAAUUUUUCACGUCGUCAAAGAGUAAUGUCGUCUGCUGAGUAAUUUAUACUAGUAUAUCCUGCGUGCAGUAGAGGGGAAUUUAAGCGUGUUUAUUUCAAAGUCGGUCGAGGUGCAUGCACGGUGAAGAUGCUAGUGGUGCUCUGUGUUAUCCUCCUAUCGUCCUUGUCCAACUGUGUUUUCCAAAAUAUCUCUUACAACGCUUCAGAAGGAGGAAUAAAACAGAAAAUCAUCGAUGAAUUAUUAAAACAUUAUGAUACAAGGGUUUCCCCCAUGGAUGCUGUAGGAGACGGUCCUGUCGCGGAUGUAGUGCAGUUAUACAUACUAAGUUUAGACUCUGACGACGAUGUACAUACGGAUUUUACUAUGAACUUCUUCCUACGACAGCGGUGGAAGGACGCACGAUUAGCCUACAACAUCAGCGGGGUCUCCGUCCUAGAAUUUCACUACUUGGCCAUAAAUGCUGCAUGGGUACCAGACAUUUACUUUAUCAAUGAAAAGAAAGCGGAAUUUCACACAGUGUCUGUUCCCAACAAGAUGCUAAACGUAUUUCCUGAUGGUAGAGUGUCUUACAGCGUAAGAGUCACUGGGACUUAUUCCUGCGAUAUGGAUCUGCGGAAGUACCCACUGGACAAGCAAAUAUGCUCCAUUUCAAUAGAAAGCUAUGGUCACAGUACAAAGUCAAUGACAGUCAGAUGGAACACUCCCGCAGUUGUUCUCAGCAGAAACAUAAAAAUGACUCAGUUCAGCAUAGAAAAGGCUUUGCCGUACACAUGUGAUCAGCAGUACAUGGAGUAUAACUACUCAUGUAUUAGACUCGACCUGCAUCUGAAAAGAAUGAAUGGGUAUUACUUCAUUCACAUGUACGUACCGUCCAUACUGAUAGUGAUGCUCUCCUGGAUUUCUUUCUGGCUCGACAUCGACGCUACACCCGCGAGGGUUUCCCUGGGCAUUCUGACCGUUCUGGCGAUGACAACACAGAAUAAAUAUACUGGAGAACAGCGUGUGUCAUAUGUUACGGCAAUGAAUGUAUGGACAGCAGCGAGCCUGGCUUUCGUAUUUCUUGCCGUGAUUGAAUUUGCGUAUAUAAAUGUUCAGACCCGCCAGCGUAACAGGAAGGUCAUGGCCAGGGUUUCCAGUACAAUUUCACUGAACAGUACACAUCACAAACUAAACAGUGAUAUUUACUCCACCGUAGUUAGUGACACGAACCCGCAACAGGAAUCACAGAAGAAGUGCGCUUCUAGCAGCAUUGACAUGGAUAAUAAAUGUGGAAGGAGAGUGGAUCGCUAUGCCCGAUUCGUGUUCCCAGCGUGUUACAUCUUGUUUAACAUUGCGUACUGGUCUUUCUAUUCCCAAUGGGAACCAGUGUAAAAAGGAGUCCAUGAGCUCUAGAUACAACGACAUCAUUAUAAAUGUUUGGUGGAAUAUUUCUGCCACCACUUGUCAGAUGUCAGAUCUGUAUGUCAACUUGUCAUAUCUUUAUGUUCACUUGUCAGAAAAUAAUCACCAUGAUUAAGAACCCAGUAUCUUGUUAUUAAAGUGUGUUAAUAC